AUGGCGAAGGUAGAAAACAAGGCAGUGUUGAUUGUCAUCGAUGGCUGGGGAAUUCCUGGCCCCAAUUCCCCAAAGGACGGCGAUGCUAUUGCUGCUGCUGAGACUCCCGUGAUGUCCGGCUUUGCUCAAGAGGGAUCCAAGACCGCCCAGGGAUACACCGAGAUUGACGCCUCUUCUACCGCCGUUGGUCUUCCGGAUGGCCUCAUGGGAAACAGUGAAGUCGGGCACUUGAACAUCGGUGCGGGACGAGUGGUGUGGCAGGACGUCGUCCGCAUCGACCAGACCUUGAAGAAGGGUCAGCUGAACAAGGUCGAGAACAUCGUCAAGUCGUUCCAGAAUGCAAAGGACGGAAACGGAAGACUUCACUUGCUUGGACUUAUCUCCGAUGGUGGUGUGCAUUCUCACAUCAACCAUCUGUUUGGCUUGCUCCAGGUAGCAAAGGAGAUGGGUGUGCCAAAGGUCUUCAUCCACUUCUUUGGCGACGGAAGAGACACAGACCCGAAGAGUUCCGCAGAAUACAUGCAGCAGCUCUUGAAGAAGACUGAGGAACUAGGUGUAGGUGAGCUGGCUACCGUUGUUGGCCGGUACUAUGCCAUGGACCGUGAUAAGCGAUGGGACCGUAUUGAGAUCGCCAUGAAGGGUAUCGUCUGUGGAGAGGGCGAGGAGAGCUCUGAUGCGGUUAAGACGAUCAAGGAGAGAUAUGACAAGGGUGAAAAUGAUGAAUUCUUGAAGCCGAUCAUCUUCGGUGGCAAGGAGCGCAGAGUCCAAGACAACGAUACCCUCUUCUUCUUCAACUACCGCUCAGACCGUGUCCGAGAAAUCACACAGCUUCUUGGAGAUGUGGACCGGUCUCCAAAGCCGGACUUCCCUUACCCCAAGAACAUCUCUCUCACCACUAUGACCAGAUACAAGACCGACUACCCCUUCCCAAUUGCUUUUGCUCCCCAGCAUAUGGGUAAUGUUCUUGCCGAGUGGUUGAGCAAGAAGCAGCUUAAACAGUGCCACAUUGCCGAGACUGAGAAAUAUGCCCACGUCACCUUCUUCUUCAACGGAGGUGUUGAGAAACAAUUCGAAGGCGAAGACAGAGAAAUGAUUCCAUCUCCAAAGGUUGCAACCUAUGAUCUUGACCCCAAGAUGAGCGCAAAGCCGGUUGGAGAGAAGCUUGCGGAAAGAAUUGCAGACAACAAGUACGAGUUCCUGAUGAACAACUUCGCUCCACCAGAUAUGGUUGGCCAUACUGGUGUGUAUGAAGCCGCCAUUCAGGGUGUUGCUGCCACUGAUGCCGCCAUCGGUUGUGUCUAUGAGGCUUGCAAGAAACAUGGAUACGUCCUAUUUGUUACUGCUGACCAUGGAAACGCUGAAGAAAUGAAAAACGCGGACGGAAGUCCCAAAACCUCUCACACUACUAACUUGGUUCCGUUCGUUAUGGCAAAUGCUCCCGAAGGCUGGAGUUUGAAGAAAUCUGGCGGUGUCCUCGGUGACGUCGCUCCUACUAUCCUUGAUGUCAUGGGUAUUGAGAAGCCAGAGGAAAUGGACGGUACUAGCUUGCUUGUCAGGGCAUAA